AUGACUUCUUGGAUAUCUUUGUUGGUUGCUCUGGCUGCUUGUGCGCCGCAGGUCCAGGCGUCGUGUGCGUAUGGAACGCAUCUCCAUCGGAGAACUGAUGUUAUUCAUGCUCCCAAGUUUGGAUACUCUGCUGCCAAUGGCCCAGCGAACUGGUACAAUUUAGACCCCAAGGCCAACGAACUAUGCGCAACCGGCCACCACCAAUCCCCCAUCAACCUCGCCUCCGGUUCAUUCAGCACCAUCCCUGCCUCAGACCUAAACAUCGAGAUUCCCAACUUCACCAAGGGCGCUGAGUUCGAGAACCUGGGAAGCACAGUCGAAGUAGUAACCGAAGGCCUCGGCGGUAAAAUCAACAUCGAAAACACAACAUACCACCUAAAGCAAUUCCACUUCCAUCUUCCCAGCGAGCACAUCGACAACGGUACGAGUCUAGCCAUGGAGAUGCACAUGGUUCACGCCAGCGGAGACGGCAAACUCGCCGUCAUCGGUGUCUUUAUCGACCUCGACGACGGAGCGGCCAAUUCGUAUAAAUUCAGGGAGACGCGUAGGGGCAAGACAGACAUCACUGCUACCAAAUCCACUGUCGUUACUACCGUUCUCAACGCGGUGGAUAAGAUUGCGACGCUGGGACAAACCACUCACAUCAAGGCUCUCAAAAUGUCCGAGAUUGUAUCGCUCCUCAACGAGGGUGAAUUCCAAUCUGAGAAUGUCAAGUGGUUCGUCUCCACUCGGAAGGUUUCUAUUCCUACGCGAACUUAUUUGAAGGCCCGAUCUGUCAUCGGCUACAACGCUCGCUUCCCUCAGAAUGCGCCUGGGGAGGAGAAUAUCUUGAGCUUGGUCGCUGAUGAGAUUGAGCACCACGAUGACUAA